AUAACGCUACAGCAUUGGCCACCCCUCUCUACUCUUGAGAGAGAUGACACCCUCCAGGGCAUGGCGAUCCUCCAUGUGCGCCGUGCUCGCAUUGGCGAGCUCUUUGCUGGCCCCCACCGCGGUUGGUUUUGUCUCCCCGAACGUGAACAUCGCAGCGAGCCACCGCCGUUGCACCGGAAGGCGAAGCCCCCCGCCGCACAUGAUGCUUCCGUCAGCGGAAGCAGCAGCAGCAGCAGCAGGGGUGGAACAGUUGUCGCAGGGUGUGUUGCGUGCUGGUGGGCUUGUCGGUGGCAGUGCGGUGCCGCCGCCGUGGGCGGUCAUGUUGGCGGACGACGUUGGCGGCGGCGGGCUGUUGGACAUGGAUCCGGCGAAGCUGGGGCUGUUUGCCCUGGGCGGGCUCGGCGUUGCCGCCGCCGGGUUCUCGACGGCAGUCUACUGGCGCAUGCAGUACGUGGUUGCGGCACUGUUGACCAACCGGGUGCCGGCGAUACAGGGAGGAGCGGAAGUGCUAGAGCUCAGCGCUAAGGACACCAAGACCCUGUACUACAUGCCCACGGGGGGCGUGCGGAGGCUAACGCUUUCCACGGUCAAGGAUCUCGAGAACGAGAUCGUCAACGGCGCGGCCAUCCAGGCGAAGAUCCCCACGGCCCUCGUCCGGAAGCAGGAGGGGACCAAGAUCAGCUGCACGUCUGGCACGAUGGACUGCGUAGUCUCCGUCUACGGCUUCUCCGGCGGCGUCGCUGCCGCGGCGGCGUCCAACAAAGGUGCGAACGCCGCCGCCGCCGGUACCCUCAAGGGCCUGGUGUCGGAGGUGGCUCGCGUGCUCAAGCCCGGCGGGACUGUGCUGUUCGUGGAGAAGGGGGAGUCGCAAGAGUUGGUGGACGCAUUGCGGGAAGCCCUGGGCACGGUCGAAGUGAACAUGGUGACCAACCUCGUGGACCCCUACUGCGUGGCCAUGGCCACCAAGACUAAGGUGACGGAAGAAGAGGUGGGGACAGUGUCCGGGGGAAAGUCGGCGGCAGGCGAAGGCGGGGGCCGCAAUCGGCGCGAGAGAAGACAGAUGAAGAAGGCCGCGGCGGCCAACAACGGCUCGUGAUUCAAGCGAGUAGCAAGCCCUUGGGGGUGUCAUGACCACGCGUAGAGUACUUUUUAAGCUGGACAAAGAGGUGGCUUGCCGUCGAGUGGUUGCUGCUGUAGUUUUUACUCGACUCCAGAAAUCCCGAGCUCUUCGGUAAUUUGUGUGGUGAUUUUGUCCCAAAGGCAGCCAGGAGAAGCAGCUAACGCGCGUGUGGGAAGCUCUGAAUCGGCGUUAGGGGAAUCGAUCGGGAUGCUCGCGAGCGAGAACGUACGGUAGGUCCUGACGGCAACGGGGGGCCGCGAAUGACAUUGACUUGGAACACGGGGUGCCUGUACGCCGCUGCUGUAUGCCUCCAACGGAAGAGCGCAAUGUGAACAUCUCCAAGUUAGAGUCGAGACUUUCGUCGGGUGUUCGAAUGUG